UGGAGCGGGAGUUGGUCUCCAUCUUCCCUGUGUCCCCGGCCCCGGGAGCCUUGCCUGGCAAGGGCAGAUGUCACAGCCGAGGGUCCGAGGGGCUUCCCUGCCUGACAGGCCAGACAGCUGCCCCAGCCGGGCUCCCCGGCCGGCCUGUGUGCGUGGAGCCCGGACGGCCUGUGGGCUUGGGGACCGGCCUUUCCUGGGCCUUCCCUCAGUCUGUCCUGCACCCUCUCCAGGAGUUUCGGGGACCGGCGCAGCCCCUGCCAGCGCCGGGAAGUGAUGCCAGGCGACUGUGCCGAGACUCUCCGAGCAUGAUUCGAAUUGCCGCCCUAAAUGCCAGCUCCACGAUUGAGGAUGAUCACGAAGGAAGCUUUAAAAGUCACAAAACCCAGACAAAGGAGGCCCAGGAAGCAGAGGCUUUUGCCUUGUACCACAAAGCCCUGGAUCUGCAGAAGCAUGACCGCUUUGAGGAGUCCGCCAGAGCCUACCACGAGCUCCUAGAGGCACAGCUGCUGCGGGAAGCAGUCCCGUCUGGAGAAGAGAAAGAGGGGCUAAAGCACCCCGGGCUGAUGCUGAAAUACUCCACGUAUAAGAACCUGGCCCAGCUGGCCGCCCAGCGGGAGGACCUGGGGACAGCCAUGGAGCUCUACUUGCAGGCGGUCAUGCUGGACUCCACGGACGUCAACCUCUGGUACAAGAUCGGCCACGUGGCCCUCAGGCUCACCCAGGUGCCCCUGGCGCGCCAUGCUUUCGAGGAAGGGCUGCGGUGCAACCCCGACCACUGGCCCUGCCUGGACAAUCUCAUCACCGUCCUGUACACCCUCACCGACUACACGACGUGUUUGUACUUCAUCUGCAAGGCCUUGGAGAAGGACUGCCGCUACAGCAAGGGGCUGGUGCUCAAGGAGAAGAUCUUCGAAGAGCAGCCCUGUCUGCGGAAGGACUCGCUCCGGAUGUUCCUCAGAUGUGAUAUGUCGAUCCAUGACGUGUCGGUGAGCGCGGCCGAAACGCAGGCCAUCGUGGACGAGGCCCUGGGGCUGCGAAAGAGGAGGCAGGCGCUCACCGUGCGGGAGAAGGAGCCGGACCUGAAGCUGGUGCAGCCCAUCCCCUUCUUCACCUGGAAGUGCCUCGGAGAGACCUUGCUGGCCACGUACAACCACCUGACCACCUGCGAGCCUCCGCGGCCCAGCCUCGGCAAGAGGAUUGACCUGUCCGACUACCGGGAUCCCACCCAGCCCCCGGUUGCCCCUGCAGCUGUGACGCCUGUCAGCGUGACCCAGCCAGGCCCCAUCAGCGCCAGCCCGGCCGUGGCCCCGGCGGAGCCCGUGCUCUCCUACGCCCCUGUGGCCACCGCCAGCUUCCCGCUGCACGCUCCUAGCCUGCUGGAUGCAGGCACCCCUGGGGGUGAUGCUUCUGGCGGAGAUAAAUCCAAGAAAGGGGUCAAGCGGAAGAAGAUUUCAGAAGAGAGCGGCGAGACGGCCAAGCGGCGGUCUGCCCGGGUCCGGAAUACCAAGUGUAAGAAAGAAGAGAAAGUUGACUUCCAGGAGCUUCUGGUCAAGUUCUUACCGUCCAGGCUGAGGAAGCUUGACCCUGAGGAGGAAGACGAGGCCUUCAGCAGCUACGACGUCCAGGCAGAAGCCAGGCUGGAGAGCUUCCCGAGCCUUGGGCCGCAUCGGCUCCCGCUUGACUCCGCCACGUUCAUGGAGUCCGAGAAGCAGGACGUGCACGCGUUCCUGCUGGGGAACCUGAGCAACGGGGGCAUCCUGGAGCUGAUGAUGCGCUACCUGAAGGCCAUGGGCCACAAGUUCCUGCUCCGGUGGCCGCCGGGCCUGGCGGAGGUGGUGCUCGGCGUCUACCACAGCUGGAGGCGGCACAGCGCCAGCCUGCCCAACCCGCUGCUGCGGGACUGCAGCGACCAGCACAUCAAGGACAUGAUGCUGAUGUCCCUCUCCUGCAUGGAGCUCCAGCUGGACCAGUGGCUGCUGACCAAAGGCAGGAGCUCUGCAGUGUCCCCUCGGAAUUGCCCCGCUGCUGUGGCAGGCGGCAGGUUCGGGCCUGACUUCCCAGGAACCCACUUCCUGGGGGAUCUCCUGCAGCUGUCCUUUGCCUCGUCCCAGCGCGACCUGUUUGGGGUAGGCUGGCUGGAGUUUGUGGUCCGCGUCUACUGGCUGAAGGCUCGCUUCCUGGCGCUGCAGGGCGACAUGGAGCAAGCCCUGGAGAACUACGACAUCUGCACCGAGAUGCUCCAGAGUGCCCUCGCCACCCAGGCCGACACAGGGGCCGAGCGGAGGGGCGUGGUCAUCCGGCUGCCCAACCUCCACAAUGACUCGGUGGUCUCCCUGGAGGAGAUCGAUAAGAACCUGAAGUCUCUGGAGCGCUGCCAGUCCCUGGAGGAGAUCCAGCGGCUGUACGAGGCUGGCGACUACCAGGCCGUGGUGCACCUGCUCCGGCCCACGCUGUGCGCCAGCGGCUUUGACCGGGCCAAGCACCUGGAGUUCAUGACCUCCAUCCCCGAGAGGCCGGCCCAGCUGCUCCUGCUGCAGGACUCCCUGCUGCGGCUGCAGGACCACCGGCAGUGCUUCGAGUGCUCCGAAGUGGCCCUGAACGAGGCGGUCCAGCAGAUGGUGAACGCGGGCGAGGCGGCCGCCAGGGAGGAGUGGGUGGCCACGGUCACCCAGCUGCUGCUGGGCCUCGAGCAGGUGCUUUCCACGGACAGCGGCGACAGCAUCCUGAAGGCGUCUGCCGCCGCCACCGGCCUGGCCCGGCUCACUGGCAACCUCAUCCAGGUCAUCGAUUGCAGCAUGGCUGUGCAGGAGGAGCCCAAGGAGCCGCCCGUCUCCUCGGUGCUGCCCUGGAUCACGCUGCACCGCAUCAUCUGGCAGGAAGAGGAUGCCUUCCGUUCCCUGUGCCACCAGCAGCCGCUCCAGAGUGUGGCGGAGGAAGGGACGUCGGAGUCACCCAUGCUGCCAUCCUCCCUCAUGCUGCUCAACACGGCCCACGAGUACCUGGGUAGGAGGUCCUGGUGCUGCAGCGCGGAUGGGGCCCUGCUGCGGUUCUACGUGCGAGUUCUCCAGAAGGAGCUCGCCGCACCCACGUCCGAGGACACGCACCCCUACAAGGAGGAGCUGGAGACGGCUGUGGAGCAGUGUUUCUACUGCCUAUACAGCUUCCCCAGCAAGAAGAGCAAGGCCCGGUACCUGGAGGAGCACUCGGCUCAGCAGGUGGAGCUGAUGUGGGAGGACGCCCUGUUCAUGUUCGAGUACUUUAAGCCCAAGGCCCUCCCCGAGUUCGACAGCUACAAGACGAGCACGGUGUCCGCUGACCUCACCAACCUCCUGAAGAGGAUCGCCGCCAUCGUGCCGCGCGCCCAGCGGCCCACGCUCGGCCUGGACAGGGUUUCCGCCUACAUCGAGGGGACCUCGGCCGAGGCGCCCUGCCUGCCCGAGGGGGCUGACCCCUCGCCUCCAGUGGUCAACGAGCUCUACUACCUCCUGGCCGAUUAUCAUUUCAAAAACAAGGAGCAGUCCAAGGCCAUCAAGUUCUACAUGCACGACAUCUGCGUCUGCCCUGACAGGUUCGACUCCUGGGCUGGCAUGGCCCUGGCCCGGGCCAGUCGCAUCCAGGACAAGCUCAACUCCAACGAGCUCAAGAGCGACGGCCCCAUCUGGAAGCACGCCACGCCGGUCCUCAGCUGCUUCCGGCGGGCCCUGGAGAUCGACGGCUCCAACCUGUCCCUGUGGAUCGAGUACGGCACCAUGUCCUACACCUUGCACUCGUUCGCCUCGCGCCAGCUGAAGCAGUGGCGGCCCGAGCUGCCCCCCGAGGUCGUGCAGCAGAUGGAGGGCCGGCGCGACAGCAUGCUGGACACGGCGCGGCUCUGCUUCUCCUCGGCCGCCCGCUGCGAGGGCGACGGCGACGAGGAGGAGUGGCUCAUCCACUACAUGCUGGGCAAGGUGGCGGAGAAGCAGCGGCAGCCGCCCGCCGUCUACCUGCAGCACUACCGGCAGGCCGCCCACUACCUGCACGAGGAGGCCGCCCGCUACCCCAAGAAGAUCCACUACCACAACCCGCCCGAGCUGGCCAUGGAGGCCCUGGAGGUUUACUUCCGGCUCCACUCGUCCAUCCUGAAGCUCCUGGGGAAGCCCGACACCGGGGUUGGCGCCGAGAUGCUGGUGAGCUUCAUGAAGGAGGCCGCGGAAGGGCCCUUCGCCAGGGGCGAGGAGAAGAAUGCACCCAAAGCUUCGGAAAAGGAGAAGGCCUGCCUGGUGGACGAGGACUCCCGCUCUUCGGCCGGGACGCUGCCGGGCCCCGGGGCCUGCCGCCCCCCCUGCUCCGGCCCAGGUCUGACAUCCCCACCUUACACAGCCACUCCGAUUGACCACGAUUACGUCAAAUGUAAAAAACCCCGCCAGCAGGCGACGCCGGACGAGCGCAGCCAGGACAGCACGGCCGUGGCGCUCUCGGACUCCAGCUCCACCCAGGACUUCUUCCCUGAGCCCGCCAGCUCGCUGGAGGCCUCCCGGAGGCCCUGUGCCGAGAAAAGGCCGCCUGUCCCCGGUUCCCAAGCGGGGACGCCCAGUAAAGACCUGCCGGGAGCCAUGGAUGAAGGAGGGUCACGUGGGCUUGAUGAUCACCUGCCCCCUGAGGGGCCCGGGCCAGCCCCCGAACGCCUGAUCGAGGUCAGGGAGCCCACCUGGGGUCUGGCUCCGGGCCCGGAGCCCUGCAGUGGGGAGCAUCUGCAGGUGUCCCCCCUCAUGGGGAAAGGCGUCUCUGUCGGGGUCAGGGUCCGUGGCCCGGGAGGCCCCAGCCCUCCUGGGCCUCCUCAGGCCACCCAGACCCCUGAGCACCCACGUUUUCAACUUGUGCUGGGGUCCCUGUUCUCCUCUCCCUUCGGGUACUCGGGGCUGGGCCCAGAGCCACCGCUCAGGGUCCUGGCGCAGCGGGCCUUCGUCCUCACGGUGAGGGUGCUGGAGGACACGCUGAGCGAGCUCGCAGAGAGCUCGGAAAGCCCAGGCCCCAAGGCCGGUGGCGUCCCCGGAGCCAGGAUGACCAGCGACGUCUCGCACCAGGCCAGCCCUGAGGACGGCCAGGGGGCCCUCGCCCAACCCAAGAGGCCCCCUCUGGCCGAUGGCUCCGGGCCGGAAGCCGAGCCUGGAGGCAAAGCAGGCCCUCCCAGCCCUCAGCCUCUGGCCCCAGACGCGGGGGACGGCGGGGACCCCAAGGACAAGGACAGCCCCCCGGCGUUAGGGCCCGCAGAGCCCAUGGACACGGGCCAGGCCUCCCUGCGUCACCCCAACCCGGAGCAGGCGGCCCCCCACUGUCCGAGCCGGCCCACCGAGCUCUCCCUGGAGGAGCUCAGCAUCAGCGCCCGGCAGCAGCCCCCACCGGCCCCCACCGCGGCCAGGCCCGGCGGCCCCCACCCCGAGGAGCUGCCCCCCAGACCCAGCCGCAAGCGGAAGCUUCUGGAAGACACGGAGCCGGGCAAGACGCUCCUGCUGGACGCCUACCGCGUGUGGCAGCAGGGCCAGAAGGGCGUGGCCCCCGACCUCAGCCGCAUCGAGAGGCUCAUGUCCGAGACGUACAUGCUCAUCAAGCAGGUGGACGAGGAGGCCGCCCUGGAGCAGGCCGUGAAGUUUUGUCAGGUCCACCUGGGGGCCGCUGCCCAGAGACAGGCCACAGGGGACACACCCACCACCCCGAAGCACCCCAAGGACAGCCGAGAGAACUUCUUCCCUGCGGCGGCUCCUGCGGCCCCCGACCCUGUGCCAGCUGACACCCUCCAGCGGCCUGGCGAUGCCCUUGCCAAGCCACGCCCUGCUCCGGCCACAGCCACGGCUGCCGUCCCCUGCUCUCCCGCCGCAGCAGCCUCUACCCCGGACCCGGCCAAGGACCCCGGGCUGCCCCGGCCACAGCGGCCCGAGGCCGCCCCUGGCAUGACGUCCGGGAGCCCAGAAGGAGAGGAGCUGGCGGGGGCUGCAGAGGACGCUGGCUCCCCGCCCCAGGAGCCCCGGCUCAGCCAGCCUGCGAAGACCACCCCCACGGCACCCCCGGCUGAACCGCACCACUGGCCUUUGGAGGCCACCCCCCGGCCGGGCGCCGAGCCCACCUGCAGCCAGGCCUGCAGCCCGAAAGCCCCCGGCAGCGGGAGCCCCCAGCCAGCCAGCGGCCAUGUGGGCAAGGGGGAGCCUGGCCGGGCCAAGUCGCGGCCCCUGCCCAGCAUGCCCAAGCUGGUGAUCCCCUCGGCCGCCACCAAGUCGCCCCCCGAGAUCACCGUCACUCCGCCCACCCCAACCCUGCUGUCCCCCAAGGGCAGCAUCUCGGAGGAGACCAAGCAGAAGCUGAAGUCGGCCAUCCUGUCCGCCCAGUCCGCGGCCACCGUGCGCAGGGAGAGCCUGUGCCAGCCGGCCCUGGAGGCCCUGGAGCCGUCCAGCCAGGAGUCGUCGCUGGAGAGCGAGACGGACGAGGACGACGACUACAUGGACAUCUGAGGCCGCGUCCCCGAGCGUCCCGGGGGUCCCCGCGGCCAGGCCAGAGCCCUCCUGGGGUGGGGCAGGGGGCUCCCGGUUCCCACGCAGCCGCCCCCUUCCUCUGCGCUCUCCGGCCAGCCUGGGGCCGGGAGAGGGUCUUCCCCAGCCCACCCUGGGGACAGUGGGCCAGUGCACCCCUGGAGCAGAGCUGGCCUCCUUUUCUAUGAAAUGUCAACUUUGUAAACUGCCUGCACCCAGCCCCGGGGGCCAGAACGCAGGGGUCCUUCUGGCCCGCUCCCCCCAUGCCCUUUUUUUGUUGUUUCUUUUCUAAUAAAGAUGAACCGGUUGGGUUGCCA